AUGGACUCAAAUAAUCAUUUAAACUAUAGUACCAACUCCUCAGCAAACUCAGGACUGAAACUCUCCUCAGGGGAUUCUCUUUAUUCUAACGGGUCCUCCAUGAGUUUUUCUCAGCAGGGGAAGAACAUGAAUGGCGAAAUGAAUGUGAAUGGCGUCACUACUGUACACGGGUCCGGUGCGCCUGGUUCCCACCCCCCAACAGCUCCUUACCCACACAUGAGCAACCACCACCAGAGCAGCAUGGGCUAUGACUACUUGUGGGCAGGACACCCUCAGUAUGGUCCAGCCAUGGGGCCUCCUGGGCACGGGAUGCCCCAGAAGCAGCCUGCCCCUGGGAUGGGGCAGCCUCAGUCACAGCACCACUUCCAGGGUCAUGGACAGUACCAGCUCAACGGGGGUAUUGAAAGCUCCCACCAGCCCUCUGGAGCAGGACCACCAAACAUCCCUCUUCCUGGGAGUCAGUACUGGAACAGGAGUAACCCUGGCCCACAGCAGAUAAGUUAUAAUUCCCAGAGUAUGUAUGGGACCUACCAGAGUCCGGCACAUCCUGGAAUUACACCGUCACAACACCACCAGCAACAGCCGCCCACAUCCAAACGUCACAGCAGCAUCUCCAGUCCCAUUCGAAACCCACACCACCACCACCAGCAGCACCAGCAACCACAGCAUUAUGGCCUGUUGCCUAAUGGGAUGCCCUUCUACCAGCAUCCACCACAGCACCUGUCUUCACAGCAGUCUCUGCCCCAAGGCCAAGAUCAGAUGAUUCCCCCAGCGGCCCAGAAUUUUACUCCUCCACGUGAUAGCCCACAGCACCACAGUUUAGGAAGUGGCAGUGGCAGCGGCAGCCCCCUCCACAUGGGGAUGUCCUCCUCACCACUAGCGUCACCGUCUACAGUGCAGGAGUGUGAAUCACCCAAGAGCCACAGCAGGGAACGGAGCCCACAUGCUAGCAAUGUGGGAAAAUCUACUGUCAUGCAAGGCAAUACAAGAGAACCUGCCAAGGAGGUAGACACAAGCUAUAACGGCAUGGAAAGGUCACCUGUUGCUCAGAGGCCCAAAGGUGCGGCUCACGUGGGACCUGAUGUUCGUCAACCUUCUGAACAACAGCCAGCAGCUCGGCGUCGAGAAAUGGCCUCCCCUGUCAGGGAGACAGCCACUGAUACGCCUCCUUACUCUGUGUCAUCUCAGCUCUCUGAAUCUACCAAGGCCUCGACACCCCCUCGGGUCCCUGCAGCUCCUGCUGCCUCAGAGUCUCCCGCAUCAUCCCCUGAACCCCCUAUAGUGUCAUCCCCCAAGGUGUCCUCUGCUCCAUCUUCAGCUGCUCCCCCCAGACUUUCUUCACCUCCUCCUUUGAAGCAAUGCCCCAGGCCCUCCUCUUCUGCUGCGAGCGAGACAUCCCCUGCUGGUUCCAAGCCACUGUCAGCGGGUUCUUCCCCCUCCUCCCUGCCGGCAUCACCUCAAAAAUGGUCCAAACAACUUGCUUCGACUGAUGGCGUGUCUAAACAAGCAGUAGUUUCCUCUGCCUCUCCUCCUUCAUCAGACUCUGUUGCUCAUCAAACAAAGUCUUCUUGGCCUCGUUUAUCUUCUGGGCCUCCCACAGCUUCACCCAUCUCAUCUCUUCAACAUAUGGUUCAAGGGUCCAAGCCAUCUCUGAUGCCUGGACCCCCAAAGUUAAUAUCUUCAGUUCCGUCAGUUGGUGCAAAAUCCUUAUCGGCUGGUGUUGCUCCACCUCUACUGUCAGCAUCAGGAUCUUCAACCUCAACACCUCCUGGCUCUCGUUUAUCAGUACCCCCCAUGUCUGUGUCAAAAACUCCUUCAGUAAUCAGUAGACCUCCCACAUCCCGGCUUCAGACCUACACUCCUCCAGCUGCUGACUCUGGUCUUUCCACUGCUUCUGCAGCAUCUUCACCACCAGGAGUGGUGAACUUAUCCUCCCCAGUAGCCCACGAAAGUCUUACAGUGCGACCUCUGUCUACCCUACCUCUUCUAACCACUCAAGCCUCCAGGACUGCACCUGUGUCCGCCCCUCCUGCCUUGGUGUCUGUGCCCUCAGCAAAGGGUCUUUCUUCUGGAGUGGUUCAAAGCCCCGACUCUGAGCAGCGUCCUCCUCAUGCACUGAAGCAUUCGUCUCUCAAGCCAGAGCACCACGCUCAUAGUGAGGAUAGGAAAUUGAUGCCUUACAAAAAAAAUGGAAGACCAGAGGAACUCCCCCCUCGACGUGAUUUGGGCAACAUAAGAGCAUCACAGCAGGGGGAAGCUACUGAAACUGAUAAAUCUGAUAUCCGCUCACCCAAAUAUCUCACUGAUCUUCCUGGGAAACCCUCGCAGACCACAGUCGCUUCUGAUCAAAGGCCCAUAAAGAAACAGACAGCUUCUGAAAGUCAGCCCAUGCAAAGCAGUUUCUGUGACACAGAGGACUCCAUGCUGGAGCAGACUCCACUCAGGAAGUCUUCUCAUCUGCACAGCACACGGAUAAAACACUUGACUGAUGAAGAAAGUUUUGAUGACUCUUCACGAACGGCUUCGAAAUUUGAAGGCGAUUCCACCUUUGACAGCCCCUCUAGAAUUGAUGUCAGCUCUGCCUUUGAAAAGACUUCUGAUGUGGAUGAGGAUAGCUCAGGUGUGGACGACUCCUUCCAGUUUGACAGUAGCUUCCAUCUGAGAAAGGAUACCUCUCAGUUUGACAGCUCUUUCCAUGCAGAUGAGGAACCAUCCACUGCGUUUGACACCACUAGAGAUAGCAGCUGUUCUGCUGAAGACUCCAGAGAUGACACGCUGGACUCCACCAGGGGAGGGGAAACGUCUGAGGCCGAAGAGACUCAGGACAGCUGCCAAAUCACAGGAGGAUCCAUGCUGGAGUCUUCUCUGAACAACACCUCUCAGAUGGAAGAUACCUCUGUCGACUCCAGUGACGUUUCCUACUCGCGCUCAUUUGUGGCAUCUCAGCCAGAUCGCCAAGGACCUGAAGCAGAAGGGGGGCCCAGAGGACAUGAUACACCAGACUCAGCUGGACGCAUUAGCAUUAAGACCAGUGUUGAUGAGACAAUGACUCUCCCGAGUUUCAAGAUGAGAGACGAGAACUUUAUCGCCUUCAGUACCCCAGCAGAGAGCCCUGCUGUACACCCACUCCAACCAGUACCUGAUCCAAAUGUGUCCCCCGCUGGAGGACAUGUGAAAACCCCAGGGAAACAACGGAAACCUCGAACUCCAAAGGCAUUAUGGAUUAAAACCCCAGCGCCAGAGGGGGCCCAGCGGAAGCCUCGGGGUCGAACCCCGAAGGCAGAGAAGAUGAAGACUGAAGAGGAAGGCAAUAAACAGGAGGUAGCCAAGGGGAGGAAGAGGAAGAAGUCUCUCAAGUUGGAUGUUCAGGAAACAUCAGAUGUUACUAGAGAGGUCGAUACCGUCACAGCCACUAUUGAAGCUGUUCUAGCAAACGCUUCAGCUAUUACUACAAUGUUCGAGAAACCCAAGAAGGCAAAAAGGGUCAAGAAACAAGACCAAGAAGGAAAUGUGGCAAAAAUACGGAAAGAUGCCGAAACGACUGCUGAUGAUGUUGAGGAAAAUGAUGAUGACAGCUCCACUGCAGGUGAAUCUCGACAGAGAAGGGUUGCAACUGAAGAGCAAGUGCAGUUCCCAAUGCAGCAUGGUUGGAAGAGAGAGAUUCGAGUGAAGAAAAUGGAGGACCGCAUGAAAGGUGAAACCUGGUACUACACACCUUGUGGAAGGAGGAUGAAGCAGUUCCCCGAAAUAAUCAAGUACUUGAAUAAACACACAGACAGCAUCGUCACUAGAGAACAUUUCAGCUUCAGCCCGCGCAUGCCUGUUGGAGAUUUUUAUGAAGAAAGAGAAACUUCUGAGGGUAAAAAGUGGGUCGUCUUGGCGAAUGAGGAGGUUCCCUCGAUGAUCAUGGCCAUCACUGGCCGCCGGGGUCGACCUCCAAACCCUGACAAGGAGACGCCUCGCAGGGUCCGGGUCAUAAAGGGGGGGCUGGCCCGUCGCCCGGGUCGACCCCCCAAACCCAAGAUGAUCGACCUCCUCAGCAAAGUUGACGCCAAGCUUUUGAAUCGACUUGAGGCCAAGGAAGCUCUCACGGAGGAGGAAAAGGAGAAAAUUGCAAAAAUCAAAAAGAAAAUGAAGAAAAAGGCACGAUUGAGGAAGAGGGAGGAUACAAAGAUUAAGAAGAUGAAAGUGGAAAAAAGGAAAGCCAAGCUUGAGCAAGCAGCCAAGGACUUGGAGCUGAAGGCUGACUCAUCAGACCCCACAGCCCCUCUGCCAGCCCCAGGGUCUGCUGCAGCGCCCAAGAAGCCCGGCCGCAGGAGGUCAGCCAAAGUGGAGGCUCCUCCACGAGUGCAGCAGACCGACGAGGAGCGGAUAGCGCAGGGUAAGAGAGUGCUGGGCGCUCGGAGUAAAGCCAAGGCUCUGGCUAAAGCCCAGGCAGAGGCUGAGGCGACGGCUCAGAAGGUGCAGGCAGUGAAGAGGGCAGCCGAGAGGAGGGUGCAGGUCCAGAGACGUCUGGAGGAGAGGAAGAGGCAGCAGAUAAUCGCAGACGAACUGAAGAAGCCCACAGAAGACAUGUGUCUCACUGACCACAAACUGAUGCCAGAGCUGUCCCGUAUCCCGGGUUUGGUUCUUUCUGGAAAAGCUUUUGCACACUGCCUGGCUGUGGUUGAGUUCCUACAUGGCUAUGGGAAGUUGAUCGGUCUCAAUAUACCCAAGGACAUCCCCAGCCUUGCUACCCUGCAGGAGGGCCUCUUAGGCCUGGGCGACAGCCACGGAGAGUUCCAGGACCUAGUCAUAAAGCUGAUGGAGGCUGCGCUCCAUGAUCCAGGCCUGCCGUCAUUUUAUCAGUCGGUAAAGAUCCUCGGGGAAAAGCUGGUUGAUUUGAAGCUGACCCGCAGCACAGUCUCAGAAGUGCUUCGCGUCUUUUUGGAAGCUCAUGGUUAUGAGACAGAAGUGUGCGACACACUGAGGACCAAAACCUUUCACGCCCUGUCCCCUGACACCAAGGCGUCCAUCCUGGGGUUCCUGGUGGACGAGCUCAACAGCAGCAACAUUGUGAUAAGUGACAUUGACAACACAUUAGAAAACAUGGCAACAUACAGGAAGAACAAGUGGAUCAUUGAGGGGAAGUUGCGGAAACUGAAGGCAGCACUAGCUCGUCGGACAGGACGCUCGGAGGAAGAGCUGUGUUUUGAGGAGAGGAGGCGCAGUGCCAGAGUGGCCGAGGAAGAGACCCUCAGUCUGGAGGAGGGUGGCCCAGCCUCGGAGAGAAUCAACCGCCGCGCACGCAAAGAAGAGCCCAAAAUCAGUGAUAGUGAGAGCCCUACCACUGCCAGCAUUCCAGAGCUUGAAAGGCAGAUCGAUAAGCUAGCCAAGCGCCAAGCAUUUUUCCGUAAGAAGCUGCUGCAGUCAUCUCAUUCCAUGCGGGCCGUACUGCUGGGCCAGGACCGUUACCAGCGUAGAUACUUGGCGCUACCUCACCUCGGAGGAGUUCUGGUCGAGGGGCCAGAGGAGCUGUUGACUUCUGGAGAUGUCCUUGUGGCCGAGGUUCCUGUCAACUUCCUCAAAAAGGAGCUCAAAGUUGAGGAGACCUCCAUGCCUACAUCUCCCCCUCCUACUCUUCCUUCUUCUCCUUCCUCCGCUGCCCACGCCCAGACCUCGUCUCCAGAGGAGGACGCGCUCCCUGGCACGGCGUCCCUCAUGAGCAUGCCAAGAGGACGAGGACGCCCACGCAAAAUCAAACCAGAAGUGGAGCUUCACCUCCGCACAGCGAAGAUCCGCCGGCGGCGUCGAAGCAGCGCCAGGUCGGGGGGGGAAGAAGGACCGGGAUCACCAAACAGUGGCACACACGACCUCACACAGGUGGCUUUCAAGAGCUGGCUCAACCUAUCUCAGGACGGAGUGACCAACGGCGCAUGCUCCGCAUCAGGAGACGCUCCGGAGGGUAAUCGACCGGAGGAGACGGUGAAGGAGAUGGCGGAGAAACAGGGACAGUGGUUCAACCUGCUUCCCAAACAACCGUGCGACGAAAACUCUCUGACCGAGCCGCAGACCCCCAGCUCACCGCCUAAACCCCUCCCUCAGAUCCUGAGUGCUCUGCCACAACUCACUGCUCCACUCCUGAAGCCGGACCCUCUCCUGCCUGGCCUGACCCCUGCUGACCCCGUCACCCCGGCAACACCACAGGACGCUGCCCCCACACUACCUGCUUCUGAUGUUCCUGCUGCAGCACCCCCCCUCUCUCAGCCUCUUUCAGCUCCCAUCCCUCCUGCCAAGCCCGGUCCAACGACCCCCCCCAGGCCCGGUCGCAGGCGGAGGAGAGGGAGCAGAGGCAGCAGUCCUGCCCGCAGGGGGCCGAGGGGGGCUGCAGCCAAACGCCGCGGCCGUCCCUCUAACUCCGUGUUCCAGGAGAUCGAGCAGCAGUACUUCACACAACUGGUGGCCAAGCCCAUACCAGCAUCGAUGGUGCGUGGCUGGUGGUGGAUUAAGGAUCCAGAGGAACUGCAGAGCAUCUUACAGGCUCUCCAUCCGAGAGGCGUCAGGGAGAAGGUGCUCCACAAGCAUUUGGCCAAACAAAUGGAGCACUUAGCCGAGCUAUGCACCAAACCAAUCAACGACCCUAUAUUUGAGUCGAAGGUAGAUGAGAAGGAUGUUCUAUUGGAGACUCUGCAGCAGCCCUGGCAAGUUCAGGAGAAAGCAAUGGACACCGACAUCAAUGCCCUACAGUGGGUGGAGGACCUGGAGCAGCGGGUCAUUGCAGCUGACCUCCUACUGAAGGCUCUACCUGAAGGUGCAGUGACCGAAGCUGAACCCAACACAGAGACAAAAUUGGCAGAAUUUGAGCCUUACACAAUCCCAGAUCCAGACUCCACACGUGAUGAUCUCCAGUACUUUGAACACGAAGCCGACCCACGUGAUGACUGGAUUAUUCGAACUAAGAAGGAGUGGUCCGGCCUUCCUCGUUUCGGCACACAUCCCGUGGACUUGGCCGUGCUGCGGUUGGCCAACCUGGAGCGAAACAUUGAGCGGCGCUACCUGAAGGAGCCGCUGUGGAACAUCGCCGAGGUGAUGCGCCUCGCUCCUCUCACCCCGACCCCGGGAGAAGAGCAUCCCAUGGACGUCUUCAGUUUGGAAAGUGAGAUCACGUCUCGACUACGAACAUGGCGACAGGCUCUGGAUCGCUGCCGCAGCGCCCCCCAGGUCUGUCUGUGUAUACUUCAGCUGGAGAAGGCCAUUGCUUGGGAGAGAUCUGUGACUAAAGUGCACAUGCUUGUUAUCCAGAAUUGCCAGGUCUGCAGGAAGGGAGACAACGAUGAUUGCCUGUUGCUGUGUGACGGCUGUGAUCGAGGCUGCCACAUGUACUGCCUGAAGCCCAAAAUCACCCAGGUGCCCGAGGGAGACUGGUUUUGUCCUCACUGCGUUGCCCAGGAGGAGAGUGAGUCACCGCGCUCGUCCAAAAAGAGAUUGAGGCUGAAGAAGAGGAGAUAUGAAGACGAUAGCUCUGAAGAUGAGAGAACAACACGGCGUUCCAGGGACGGCAUGGCGACACGAUUCAAGGAGACCGUGACCCCCCCCUCCUCGUCUUCCCGCCCGUCCGGGGAAGGAAGCGCCGCUAAACGUCGCCGCAUGACGACCCGAAACCAGCCCGACCUCACCUUCUGCGAGAUCAUUCUAAUGGAGAUGGAGGCUCACGCUGAUGCCUGGCCGUUCCUUGAACCCGUCAACCCUCGUCUGGUGCCAGGAUACCGCCGCAUCGUCAAGACCCCCAUGGACUUCUUCACCAUGAGAGAGAAACUGCUACAGGGAAUGUACUGCAGUUGUGAGGAGUUUGCGGCGGACGCUCAUCUUGUCUUCAACAACUGUGAGUUGUUCAACGAGGACUCGUCGGAGGUGGGGACGGCUGGACAUGCCACGAGGCGAUUCUUUGAGAGCCGCUGGGCGGAGUUCUACUCAAAUAAGGACAAAUAGAAACCCCCCCCCCCCCCCCCCCCCCCCCCCCCCCCGAUGAUGGGCUGUUAAACUGUUGGUGCUGUCACCGUUCCAGGCACACUCUCUCCAUUAAGACUGUCUGGAGGUUCUUCCAGCUAUGUGUACUCAUGUAUAGGUAUAUAUGUAUAGAUUUUGGCUAUUUGUCUGUUAUCGGUUUCUCUACCGGCCUAACAUUUCCCAGGCCCACAGCUGAACUCUCUUAAACUUGUAUCCAUUCCCCCCCCCCCCCCCCCCCCCCCCCCCCCCCCGCACUGAGUGAGAAUAUGUCUCUCGCUUGUCUCCAUCUUCACUUCAGCACAUCAUCACCUGUUUGCGUUCUCCUGUCACGUCCAUUCACAAGCCCCAUGUCGUAGCGAGGCCUUCGGUCAGGCCCAGCUUGUGCAGUGGUGACGGUCUCAGGCCCCAGGUGUUUUGGCCCUCAGGCUCUUCUCAGGGUCAGGGACUGCUCACACUAUUGCAGCCGACCUGCUAAGCACCGCUCGACGACAAAAUGGAUCAAAACUUCACUGAGCUCGGGCCAUUUAUUACCUGUUCAAUGGAAAUGUAAUGUAACGUGGUUUUAUGCCUAGAAGUUUUUGCUCAAUAUAUUUUUAUUAUAUAUUCUAUAUAUAAAUAUAUAUACAGAUUACAAUAGCUGGGAUUAUUUAAUAGCAAUAGCGUGUAGUGAAUGUGUACAGAUUACCUUAUAGAAAUGUCUAGAUGAUUUCUGAAAAAGGCCAGUUAAACUAAAAGGAAUCUGUUAAUGGACUGUCACAAGUAGACGUUGUAUAACCUCCACUUAAAGUCUUGCACGCCCCACAUUCACACGUUUCACAACACACUAUAUCAUGCACACAAUUUCAUACACAUACCCACUUUCUGCUGCUGUGUGAAAGACACUGGUUUCUAAAACGGGGAUUUUUAUUAGUGUUGGUUAGUCAUGCUAUGCUUAUAUUUCACUGUCCCUCUUCUUAAAAGUAAUUUAUCACAAGAUGUGUUUGAAAGACUAUACAUCUAAAGGAUGCAAUUUUGUUCUUUUAGAGUAUAAAACUGAACCAAGACAGGUUGGUGUUUGCAACUUCAAACCCAUAUUUGAGCAUCUGAUCCAUGUUCAACAUUUUCUUCUGUUUGUCUGUAUUUAAUCUGAUCGGUUUUGAUCUGUGCGAGGAUAAAAUCCUUUAGAUCUUAAAAUGCAAAUGACUGGGCACAUUCCUGCUUGUUUAAAAAAAAUCUUGCAUUCAUUUUUAUUGGUUUUUAUUUCUUGCUGUACAAGGGCCAAUGUACGAUGUUGUGCGGCAUGGAUGGUGUGCUAUGAAGGCGACAGGACGACUCCACAGUCUGGGUUUUAUUUAAAUUUGUUUCAUACACUGAGUUUAAAUCCAUUGAUAGGAAAAUUCAACUUUUAACGUUCCUUAUUACACUUUAAAGGGACAGACGUUUUUUCAAAAAAGAAAAAAAAAAGACUCGAAAACCAAACGUGGUGUCAAGUGAAUUUUUAAUAAUGUACAGUUUUGGUGACUUUAAAUUUGUUCCUUUAUAUUUUUAGGACCAAUUCAUCAUUUUUAAGAGGAGGUAUUACAAGACUCUGUUGUAUUAAGGUGAUGUAACACGUGUGCAUCUGUAGAAUGUACUGUGAGUUGAAUAAAAACCACAUCUAGUAGAGAGUA